AUGGAAAAGGAACAGUGGCCGCAAGCUGGGCAGCAGGACACGAAAUUUGAAGGUGGCAUGAACUUUACUGGGCAGCCGCCAGGGGUCUUCAACUCUGUGGACGACUACUUGGAUAUGGACGACGCGCUGCAGAGCUACCUGACCUCGUUGGGUGGCAACUCCAUUCCACAAACAGUACCGUAUGGCGAUGGGGCGGCUGCGAGAUCGAAGAGCUCCAAGGCGAUUGGGGACAACGGGGCAGCAGUGGGCAAGGGUGCGCCAAUGUUCAUUGGGGGUGAGGUGGCGCCAGGAGUUAGUCCUAGGACAAUCCAGGGUGGCGGGGGCUCGGGACCGUUCGUGUUCACUGGAGAGGAGGAGAGCGGAUACGGUGGGCGGGGUUCGUCCGAGAGCGGGUCUGGUGGGGCGCCCGCCAGGCAGCAGCGCAAGCGGCGGGAAGAGAACGAGCCUGAAGAGCGGUCUGCAGAGAAGAAGCAGCAGGUCAUGCAGGAGAAGAACAGACUGGCACAGAGGCGCUUCCGCGAGAGGCAAAAGGCAAAGGUGCAUGGGCUGCACAAGGAGAUCGAAGACCUGCGUUCCACUGUGGAAAAUCUGCAGCUGGAGAACGGAUCACUGCAGAGCCAGAAUGGCAUCCUCCAGAAGGUGCUGGCGAUGAGGGACGAACAGAUCAGGGUGAUGCAGGAGAGCAGCAAGCAACUCUUGGAGGCUGCACCAGAGGCCGAUGUUGAAGGAGUCCAGUUGGCCCGGACGACUGUUACUCUGUCAGAGUUGCGGAAGGGAUCCGUGAUGCGCAUCACUGCAGACAAUCUGAAGAAGAUGACGCCAGAAGAGGUCAUAAAGAUCUGGCAGGACUAUGUGACAGAGAUAUCAUCGGCACUGGUGGAGGCCAGCUCCGAUGGAGAUGCUGAAGCCCGUAUAGAGAAGCUCAUCAAUGAAGUGUGCAUGUUGUGCAUGCGCUUUGCAGUGCUAAACCCCGUGUCCUGCAAAAUGUGGACGACACGGCAGUACCAUCUGUCAGAGGCAGAGGAGCUCAAGCGCUGGCAGUCGGUGAUCACGACACUGGACAUGUCUAAGACCCAAAAGGAAGAGAUCGUGGCACUGAGGAAGAUGCUGCUGCAGAAGCUGCAGCAGCUGGUGGAGGAGCGACGGCAGCUGAACAUGACGAUCCAGACGACGCUGCCCAGCUCGACUGUGGGGCACAGAAUAGACCUGGAGUACCUGAAGGCCAACCAGGCAGUCGUUCGCCUGAAGGAGAUCCUCCGCUCUGAGCACAACGCCAUGCUCGACUUUGUGGGCACUAUUGUGAAAAAGGUGCUGAAGCCCAUUCAGGUGGCCCGCCUGAUGGUCCAGGCCUACCCGUCCAAGCCCGACGUCCUUGCUGUGGCGUCUGCUGUGGCCAUCGACUGUGGCGUGGACGUGAUGGUACUCCCUGAGCCCAUGAAGCCAAUUCCCUUCCUGCCUUCGGGAGCCCCCAAUCCAGAAACCAACCUACUGGAGGGGCAGCCAGGACCGAUGGCCAUGGGCUACUGCCAGUCUGGUGCAGGGUUGUCCGAAGAUGCGUCGUCGACGCUGGAUCCCAAUCUCAAUGUGCCAGUCUAG